AUGGCGCUGCAGCACGUCGUGGUUGCGGGCGGCACGGGCUUCGUCGGCUCGCGUCUGGUGCGCCAUCUGCAGGGCACGGGCGCGCAGGUGACGGUGCUGACGCGCUCCCGGGGCUCGGCGUCCGCGCUGCCCGCGGCGACGCGCGUGGUGGUGUGGGCGCCGGACAAGCUUGCGGCAGUGGGCGACGACUGGGUGGGCUGGCAGGACUCCCUGCGCGGCGCAGACCUGGUCGUCAACCUGUGCGGCGAGCCCGUCGUGUCGCGGUGGGACGCGAGGGGGCGGCAGGCAAUCGUAGAGUCGCGCGUCAAGGCCACCACCGCGCUCGCGGAGGCGGUGCGCGACAUGCCCACGGAAAGCAGGCCCAAGUGCGUGGUGAGCGCGUCCGCGGUCGGAUACUACGGGACGAGUGCGGCCACCGUGUUUGACGAGGGCGCUGCGCCGGCUAGGGACGACUUUCUGGCGGACGUGUGCGUCAGGUGGGAGGAGGCCGCGAAGGGGGUGCUGGAGGGUGUCGAGGGGACUAGGCUGGUUGUGGUGAGGAUUGGGGUCGUGCUUGGCGUGGGAGGGGGCGCGCUGGCGAGGAUGCUGCCCGCGUUUAAGAUGUUUGUCGGCGGAAAAGUCGGCAGCGGCGAGCAGUGGGUGUCGUGGGUGCACGUGGAUGAUUUGGUGAGGAUUUUCGUGGAGGCGGGGGAGAAUGAGGAUAUGCGGGGCGUGUACAACGCCACGGCGCCGCGUCCGGUCACUAUGGGCGAGCUUGCGCAGGCGUUGGCUGACGCGUUGAAGAGGCCCAAUUUGUUCCCCGUGCCCGGCGUCGUGCUAAAGCUCGCCCUCGGCGGAGCUGCGCAGGUCGUGCUGGAGGGACAGAAGGUGCUGCCGAAGAGGCUGUUGGAACGUGGUUUUAAGUUUCAGCAUGAGACUGUGGAGAGCGCCAUGAAGGCCGUGGCUGAAGAGGCCUAG